AUGAGAUUAUCAGCUCCGACUCUUGCCGCUCUCUGCUGGCUCUCGGCCGGCCGUGCUUUGUGUGAUGAAGCAAACUCGGAGAUCCAUUCGGGGCUGGUUGGGGUUGACGCCACUAAUCCGCAAUAUCUCGUUUAUGAAGUCCACGAAGUCGAGGUUGUCCUCGCGGAGAAUGACCGUCCGUCGAGACCAUCAGACACACAGCGUCAGAUUGAAGAAAAGGAGAAGCUGCUCCAAAGACUAAGCAAAAACUACGGCACCUGGAACGAACACCAUGCGCGCCAUCGCCUCCUUGAGGCCCUCCGAGGAUUCUCCGCCUACGCUGAUACCCAGCAAGCGGAACUCAACCGGGUUGAAAGGAUUCUCCUCGAGCGAACGGUCAAGUACAGCCAAAAGUUUGCCGACGUUGCCGAGCUGCUCAAAAAGAAUCAGCAGCUCUGCGACAACAUCGUGCGCAACGCCAUGGAUUUCUACGGCGUCAGCCAACAGGAGUUGGACAAGCAUGUCAGAGUUAUGAAAAAGGCCGGUCGGCCCGCCGAGAGAGUCAGCGUGUCGCAGGCUCUGAAGCACUUCGUCCGGGACUGGGCAGCCUCUGGCGCCCACGAACGAGAUGCCGCUUUUCCGUGUAUCCUGCAGGCCCUAAAGGACCAGUUUCCAGAUGCAGGCCAGCAGGAACUCGCGCUGAACGAAUUGGUGGCGGUGGCGGAGACGGUGGGGUUUGAGUUGAUCCUGGUGCCGGUGCCUAUGCCUGUGUCUGUGCCUGUGGAGGGGGAGGGGGGAGGGGGGGGCUGGGAGAAGUGUAAGGCUGGGGGGGGGUUGGUGCCGGGGAAAUGGGUCUAUGGUGUGGAGGCGGUGUAUGGGUUUGAUGAGAGGGCGUUGACGAGGAAUGCGUAUGAGGCGGUGUUUUGGGUGGCGAGGAGGGUGUAG